UUAGAGACUUUCAACGUCGACGAUUCCAGCAUUGACACUCUGUUCUAUGCCACAGUUGUUGAUGCCUCGAAUCAUACGGAAGAAUCCAUUCUCACCCCAGUCGUCGUUCCAAGAAUUGGCGAUGAGCCAGUAGUCCGUGCCAUUUUCCUUUCCCCAUCCUAUCAUCUUCACUGCGUGAACACCUGUGAAGUCACCAGCGGUGUGCUUGCCAAGGUAAGGUCCUCCAGAAACGACUCCGUCGUAUUCGAAGAAUCUCCACGCUUCUAUGGUGUACCCUCCUCUACACCCCAAACCGCAAGGUGAUCCACAGCAUGUCAGAAUAUCACCACCAGAGAUAUACACCUGCUUUUUCCCUUUGGUGGCUAUGCAAAUGCGAUCCGAAAUUGCAGCUGCAGUGGAGACUGCCCAGCAUGAGCCGCAGUUUGCUUGGUCUCGGAUAGUGUGGAAAGAUGAACAGUUUUUCCAAACAAUUCGUGGAUCGUAGUUUUCCGGAAGGUCAGCGCCGGUGUCAUUGUCAUCAUUGACAAUAGGAUUCGAAUUCUGAUUCGCAAAUGCCACAUCCAUUAAUUUAUGUUUGAAACCAGGUGUCGGAGUGGAUCUCACUUGAAAAAGAUUCUGGUUCUUCUGUAGGUAUUCGACCAGUGGUGCACCAGUCAACAUCUGUGCAUGCAGUGGGAUUUCUUGAGCAUCAUCUGUAUCUGCUCCUAAUGUUCGACAUAAAUGGAGACAAAGCGCAAGCACUAGGUGCUUCAUUUUUGUCGAAUGUCGUUGUCGUUGUCUCCGACAAAAAUGAGUUUACUGUCACUUAAACCAAAGAUAUUCAUUGUCAUUACAUGA